ACUCCGUUAACCGAGCAGCCAUCCACGCAGCUGAACGCCCUUCACGUUGUGCACAUGGAUCGGGUCGAUGUGACCACGCCACACCCAGCAGACUCAAGCCAAGCCCUCACGCAAGAGCUGCAAAUUGUGUAACAGCUGUAAGAAGAAGAGUUGCUCUCUCCGCUCCUUGCCUUAUUUACGGGUCCACGAUGCUGGAGAGGCGGCACAUGCAGCGGCCUCUCAGCGUGCCAGGGCCCGAGAAGUAGUGGAGGGUAUUCGGAUGUGAACUACAGCGGUUGCAUGUUUUUGUCAUAGUCGUGAAAACUUUUUUUUUUUGGAGGAAUGAGAGGGGUGUGCGUGGCUCUUAAAAUGGGAUUGUUUUUGCACAAUGCUGCCUCUGUCACCCCUUCAGCCCCCACAGCGGACAGGAGCCUACUGCUUUGUGAAGGUGUCAACAACCAGAGCUACAUGUGCGAGUCGGGUCACUGCUGUGGAGAAUCUCAGUGCUGCAGUUACUACUAUGAGCUCUGGUGGUUUUGGUUGGUGUGGGCCAUCAUCUUCAUUUUAAGCUGCUGCUGUGUGUGUCACCAUCGGCGCACCAAACACAGACUGCAGCAACAACAGCGACAGCACGAGAUCAACCUCAUUGCCUAUCGUGAAGCACACAACUAUCCCUCAGUGCCCUUCUACUUCAGGUUUCUACCAAGCUACCUCCUGCCAGAUUAUGAAGAAGUAGUGAAUCGCCCGCCUACCCCACCUCCACCCUACAGUGCCUUACACACAGGACCAUCCACAGCAGCCUCACAGCCUCAUUCUGAGCAGCAUGAUGGACACUGUCCGGCCAUUCAACCUAUCCCAGUGCCUCCAGACUCUGAGCGCCUGUGUAGCAGGCCCAGUCUAGAAGAGCCACGACCUUCUACGAUAGAAUUAAGUCCCAAGGCUGACAACAAACCAGCGCAGACAGCACAAGACUCGGCCAUGAUUUUUUUGUCAGAGGGGCUCAAUAGGGAGGAAGUGGACCAUGACGAGAAAAGGAGCGACUGCAAGGAUCCUCUUCUGAAGGAUCUGACUGAUGACAAAGAUCGACUCCCUAAUGGCAGACGCCGACGAUUUACAGGGGACUCUGGGAUCGAGGUGUGUGUGUGUGGCUCACGUGGGAGCAUUGGCUGUAGUGGAGCAGGCAGCCAGGAAGGUAAGGAGUUGAGGGAGCUGGACAGCCUCCUGGGUCGCGAGGGAGAUGACGAGGAGGCCGGAGACUUCUGUGACAGUUGUGUUCAGCGGUCCUCUUUCACUGUGGAAGAAGAGCAGGCACUGGGCGGGCUGGAGAGGCGAGUGGCGCCGGGAUCCUCUCAGGCUCCUCACCACAUAGGCAGCGCCUCACUGCACCCUCCGGUGUGUCUCCUCCUGCACACCAUCAGCGAGCAGGAUGGUCCCCACCAAAGCACCAGCACAGAGCCGCAGGGUUGAAAGACACCCAGUUUACGGCACACUCAACGCAGGAUGUGGAAACUUUUUAUAUAACGGCAAGGCUCUCAAGACUUUGAUUCUGUGUGUUAACGCAGAUGAGUUGUAGGAUCAGGAAGUCACAUUUCAAAGCAAAGAUGGAGUUGUUGAUUACUAAACAGCCCUGAUACACACUGGAACAUGGAGCUUGGACACUUGACAUCUUCUGCAUUUGAAGCAGCUCCCUCAGUGGCUUUGCAUCUUCCUGAACACUUGACACCUGCCAAAGAUUGUACCUCUGUAACAACAAAAGAAGCUAGGAAGAAGAUGGAUGAUUAGGUGCAUCUAAUCAAUUGCAACUAUUUCUAAAAGGCUGCCUCUCCACAGAGUAAGAGACACAUUCAACAGGCAUACAUAUGUGUGUUUGAGCAAGCAAGCAAGCAGAUAGUGUAGCAUCGGACCAGGAAGUACUUUUUUUCAUCAAUUUCUCAAAAAAAAACAAACUCUGAGUUCCUUUCUUGUGCUCUAUCUGAACCACUAGUUAAGUGCAUUAACAAGUCUUUAUAUGAUGAGCAGUUCCUAUUUUGCACAAAUUGUAUUUAUCUUUUAUAAAUGAAGCUUUUUGACAAAAAAGACAUUUUGUUUUUCAUAAUUCAGUUUCACGUGGUUCAAAUGGGGGAGAUUAACUUUUUGUGUCAUAAAUGGUCUUUUUGGUAACUUAAUGAAUGUUAGCAUUAUGUGCCUACAAACGGAGCACGUAAUAAACCAAUGGGCCUCCUACGGACUCUGAUAUGGGGACAUAACGUUUGUCUCAUUUAGCGGUUAUCUCGGUCAUCUGUCAGCAGACGUUCACCAGCUGCAGCGUUUAAAAGCACUGAUCUCAGUGGCUGUAUUUCCAGUUAUUAUAAUGGACAUACAUAUACUGUACCAUUGUACUGCAGUGGUAUUCAUAAGUUACAGUUCAAAACACAACAAACACACGCAUAAGCCAUCAUUUGCACAAAACAUUUGCCCAGCUAUUUAAAAACCUGAACGAUGAAUUGUGCCUUUUGGGGCUGUUGAAAGCUUUUUUUCCGCCCCAUUACAUCAUGGUUGAAAUGGUGUUAAUCCCAGUUCCACCUUUACAUGGCAUAAUCUCAACAGCUUCACCCUGGAAUCCUGUUGCAUAGGCAAGACCUCAUGUUAAUGAAAUGACUUCAUUGUAAAAAAAAUACCUUCUGACUGAAUAUGCCUAUACAAAAGAGACACCGAACGUUCGGUAGCACAGGGAUGUGAACAGUUGACAAUGCUGCACUUCAAAAAAAAAAAAUCCAAUGACCACAUGUAAAAGGUGAGUACUACCAUGUAGGCAGAAUGUCGUACAUCCGCCCUAUAAAUCUUGCAACAGAAUGUGCCUAGAAAAAAAUACACAGAUUCAACUUAACAUAUUUCUACAAAUGCACUCAAUGCCGACCGUCUAUGGAACAGCUAGCAAAAUUUCCAAAGCACAAGAUUUCCAUCCACAUAUAAAUGCGCAUACAAUGUGCAUACCCCUCUAAAAGCACAGUCUUUUUUUGUGUGAUUUGAUAGUAUUUUGCCCAUCAGAGCAAGUACUUUCUGUAGCAUAUAAAUUGUUAUUGUGGUACAAGUAGUUUAAGGAUGAGUUAUUUUUUUCAUUGAGUGUAUUUAAUUUUUAAAAAGUAAUUAAAAACAAUCAUAAAACCAUGUUAUAUGUUUUAAAAAAAAAAGUAUGUACAAUGACAUGUCAUGUUAUAGCCAAAACAUUGAAAUAAAAUCAUUAGCUUUAUUUGUUUUGCUCCCAUAUCCUCCAGUAGUAAAGUGGUGUGAAGGCUACACUGUGUUGGAACAUGCUUGUUAAACCACAUCAGGUUAAAUCAUGCCAAAGACUUGUUUUGUUCGCCAUUGUGUGGAUGUGCACAUAUACUUUGAAUGUUUAACUACGGCGACAUCAACCGAGGUGGAUGUACUUUCAAUAAAAUUUCAAU